GUUAUAUGAGUGCGAAACAGGUGGUCUCGCGGCAGUGACUCGGUCGAUGGUGAACGGUCUGCACUCAGCUCUCUCGGCCCUCUGACCACCAUUCGACCUGCAGGGAUGCUGACCAGCUCGCUUUUCCUGCUGCCAUGCGCGGCCUGCCUGGCCCUUCUCACCUGCCGGGCCAACGCAGCACCCAUUACUGAUGUCAGCACCGACCCCCAAGCCAUGAUGUAUUUGAGUCAAUUUGGCUACCUCAGUGCAAACCUCAAAAAUCCAGGUGCCGGAAACCUGAUUACAGAAGAUGCCAUGGUCAACGCGAUAAAAGAUUUCCAGUCAUUCGCACAAAUCAACGUUACAGGUGAGCUGGAUGCAGAUACGAAGGCGCUGAUGAGCACACCCAGGUGUGGUGUCAAAGACAAAGUGGGCACUGGUAGCAGAGCGAGGAGAAGAAGAUACGCAUUGCAGGGAAGCAGGUGGAGAGUCAAGGCCCUUACCUACAGAAUUUCUUCUUACCCCAGAAACGUGAAGCGUUCCGAAGUUGACGCCGAGUUGGCCAGAGCUUUUAAUGUCUGGUCCGAGUACACCGAUCUCACUUUCACCCCAAAAGCAACAGGACAGGUUCACAUUGACGUCAGAUUUGCUCGCGGGGAGCAUGGUGACGGCGACCCUUUUGAUGGCCCCGGCGGCACCCUGGCUCACGCCUACUUCCCUGUUUAUGGAGGCGACGCGCAUUUCGACGACGCCGAGUCGUGGACUUUCAGAAGUUACCGAGGAACGAAUCUAUUCCAAGUGGCAGCGCACGAGUUCGGACACUCCUUGGGACUGUCCCAUUCUGACGUCAGAGCCUCCUUGAUGGCCCCUUUUUACAGAGGAUAUGACUCAUCCUUCAGACUGCACGAAGACGACAUACAAGCUAUCCAGAGCUUAUAUGGCACUGGCAAAACCAAGAACAAGCGGCCUUCCAAUAAUUCACCUCAAGUAACUGAAACUCCCGAGAAGUCGAUGCCCAACGAUCCCGAGCUUUGCAAGACGGGGGUAAAAUUUGAUGCCAUAUUCACCGACUCAGGCAACACCUACUUAUUUAAAGGAGAUAACUACUGGAAGCUCACUGAAGACGGAGUUGCAGUUGGCUACCCCAAACCCAUUUCUUCAGCAUGGGCAGGCCUUCCCGGAAAUAUUGACGCUGCCUUUACUUACAACAAAAACGGCAGAACGUAUUUCUUCAAGGGCUCGCAAUAUUACCGGUUUUCCGGACAAACCAUGGACGAUGGCUAUCCCAAGAUGAUAACUGACGGAUUCCAGGGCAUUCCUUCCAACAUUGACGCAGCUUUUGUUUGGAGCGGAAAUGGAAAAAUUUAUUUCUUCAAAGACACACAAUUCUACAGAUUUGAUCCAUCGGCAAAGCCUCCUGUUAAAUCAAACUACCCCAAAUUGAUUUCGAACUGGGCUGGAAUCCCAGACAAUCUUGACUCGGCAUUGCAGUACACCAAUGGCUACACAUACUUCUUCAAAAAUGGACAGUACUACAGAUUUAAUGACAGAACGUUUGCUGUUGAUUCAGCAGACCCAGCUUUCCCUCGAGCGGUUGGUCCUUGGUGGUUUGGAUGCAAUUCAAUGAAUGGCAGGGGAGGAAAUCAAAGGCAACACCCCCUGAUGAAUCCUGGACCUCAGGGAGGGGACGAUAUUGUAGACGCAGAAACAGCUCGACAUUAUUCAUAACGCAAUGUAAAACUUAGGCUUCUUUUGUAUGUAUCUGAAUUUCCCUUUUCUCAUAAAAAAAUCCUUAAUCUUUCCACUUUCUGAAAAGCACAAAAAUUUAGCUCACAAUUAGCACUGAAAGCAGCAUGGUAGAAAAAAUAGAUAAAGCAACUACUGCAAAUUUUCCUACACGCACCAAAUUACUGAACCUUCUUUUUAAUUUUGGCACUUAUAUACCAACCAACCAACUAGUCCAAAAACCGUACAAUUAGUGGCUGUGCAUCUUUGACCAAAACUUUCUUUAUCACUCUGAAAUUUUCUUUCACUCUCAAUUGAAAAGGUGUUAUGGAUCUAUUUGAAAUUUUCUACUGCAAUCUACUACAGUUUUCAAAGUUUUGCAUGUUCCUUUUUCCUUCUGCUCAAAAAUAUUGUGGAUAAAACUUGUUGACCGUAUAUUUAUUUAGUUUUUAAUAAACCUGAUUAAAGUGUAACAUCAUUUUGUGAUAAUUUUGUAAGCUAAAAACGAUUCAAUAAAGAUGCAGUUGUAAAAUUUAAAAAGAUUGGAAUAAAUAAAGACAAAUUGGAAGAUCCUUUAAAACACCUAUCUAUAGUUUUAGUUUAUUUUAGCGCGUUUAGGUUAGAGAAUGCUGCUUUUAGGCAACCUGCUACGGAAGAGCGUCGUGCAAGUUGCAUAACUUUUUUGUCGUGCGCGUUUUUUCAAGAGCUUGGCAUUUCGCUGGCCAUUGCGCUCUACAAUCUACAAUAAGAAAAAAAUCACUAUGAGAAAAAUGAUUUUUUUUUUAAUUUUAGUAAACUAAUAUAAAAUACAUUAAAAAAAUUCAUUUCUGGAUUGAUAACUUUGCUCUGAUUUUAACAUUGCAAUUUUGUUCACAUGAAUCUUAACUUAACAAAAGCACAAUUGCAUGUGAUUAG